AACGUUUAAUCAGAGUCAAAACGAAACUGCAGAGAAGAGUUUCUUCGGCAUGGCGGAUCAAAGGAAAAAAGUUUUGCUCGCUUACAGCGGUGGUUUGGACACUUCUUGCAUUUUAUGGUGGUUGAAGGAAAAUGGUUAUCGAGUCAUUGCUUAUGUGGCGGAUGUUGGCCAGGAGGAAGAUUUCGAUGCUGUGAGGGAAAAAGCAUUAAGGAUUGGCGCGAGCAAGGUAAUCGUCGAUGAUUUGAAAGAAGUUUUCGUCACUGAUUUUGUCUGGCAAGCAGUACGCUCGAGUUUGAUUUACGAGGGUCGAUAUCUCCUCGGAACUGCGCUAGCACGACCCUGUAUCAGCUUGGGACUCGUCAAAGCAGCCAAAAACGAAAAUGCUACGAUCAUAGCUCAUGGCGCAACGGGCAAAGGAAACGAUCAAGUGCGAUUCGAACUUAGCUGCUAUGCCCUUUGUCCUGAAAUUGAGAUAAUGGCACCUUGGCGAGAUCCAAUAUUUUUUGAAAGAUUCUCAGGCCGACCUGACCUCUUGGCUUAUGCAAAUUCGAACAAAAUCCCGGUAUCCGCGACGCCCAAAGAACCGUGGAGUACGGACGCAAAUUUGAUGCACACGAGCUACGAAUCGGGAAUUUUAGAGAAUCCAUCAACAGCAGCACCGAAAAACUUGUAUCAAGUCACGAAAGAUCCGAUGGAUUCUUCCCCCGUACCAACCGAGAUUGAAGUCCAUUUUAGCCAAGGAAUUCCAACGUUGGUGAAAGAUUCCAAAACUCAGAAAACUUACCGCAAUCCCAUGGGCAUCAUUAAUUAUCUCAACAAAAUUGGUAGCGAACACGGAAUCGGAAGGAUCGACAUCGUAGAGAACAGAUACAUCGGCCUAAAAUCCCGAGGAAUAUACGAAUCCCCAGGAGCUAAAAUCCUUCACGAAGCCCAUUUAGAUCUGGAAAUAUAUUUGUUGGAUCGUGAAGUGUUGAGAGUGAAAUCCGGCUUGUCUGAAAAAAUGGCUGAUUACGUUUACAACGGAUAUUGGUUUUCCCCAGAAUGUGAAUUUGUACGAGAAAGUAUCAACUUAUCCCAGAAGCAUGUAACAGGAGCAGUGUUUUUGAAACUCUACAAAGGCAACGUUUUUAUAACCGGAAGAAAAAGCCAAUUUUCCUUGUACAACGAAGAGCUCGUUUCGAUGGAUCUCCAAGGUGGUUUCAGGCCCGAAGACGUCGGUGGAUUUAUUCGAACUCAAGCGUUGAGACUGAAGGAAUAUUACCGUUUCAAGAAUCAACAAAACUGAUAUUUUUUUGUAGUUUGACGAUCGUCAAUGGAGUGCAGGAGGAACGUUCAUGGGUUGAAGGAAGAAGCAAAUAAAAUAAACUCGAUUACUUGUGAA